GCCGCCGGGCUCCUGGCGUGCGGGAGCGGGAGCCCGAGCCGGAGCCGGAGCCCGAGCGAGCGCGGGAGCUCGAACGGCAGCGCGCCCGGGCCCGUCUGCGCGGUCCGCCCGGGGCGGCGCCCAGGGACGCGGACAGCCGCUCGCGCCCGCCCUCCGCCACCCCCGCCUCUGCCUCCCGGUCGCACAGGCAGAUCGCCGCGCCGGUGCCGCUUCCCACUUCGCGCCCUCGCUGGUCUGGAUGGGAAGUUAGGGAAGAUGGACAGGGUCUCGCUGGCGUGGAUCGCUCUCCUCUGGCUGACGGCCCUGGCGGAAGGCCUGCAGGUGACGGUGCCCGACAAGAAGAAGGUGGCCAUGCUCUUCCAGCCCACGCUGCUCCGCUGCCGCUUCUCCACCUCCUCCCACCAGCCCGCGGUCGUGCAGUGGAAGUUCAAGUCCUACUGCCAGGACCGCAUGGGGGAGUCCUUGGCGCUGUCCUCCCCCCGGGCCCAGUCUCUCAGCAAGAGGAACCUGGAGUGGGACCCCUACCUGGACUGCUUGGACAGCAGGAGGACCGUCCGGGUGGUCGCUUCCAAGCAGGGCUCGACCGUCACCCUGGGCGAUUUCUACAGGGGCCGAGAGAUCACCAUCGUGCACGACGCAGAUUUGCAAAUCGGGAAACUCAUGUGGGGUGACAGCGGCCUCUAUUACUGCAUCAUCACCACCCCCGACGACCUGGAGGGCAAGAACGAGGACUCGGUGGAGCUGCUGGUGCUGGGCAGGACAGGGCUGCUUGCUGACCUCUUGCCCAGUUUUGCUGUGGAGAUUAUGCCAGAGUGGGUGUUCGUCGGCCUGGUGAUCCUGGGAGUCCUCCUCUUCUUCGUCCUGGUGGGCAUCUGCUGGUGCCAGUGCUGCCCGCACAGCUGCUGCUGCUACGUGCGCUGCCCGUGCUGCCCUGACUCCUGCUGCUGCCCGCAGGCCUUGUACGCAGCAGGGAAAGCAGCAAAGGCCGGGUACCCUCCCUCUGUGUCCCGUGUCCCCGGCCCCUACUCCAUCCCCCCCGUCCCCUUGGGAGGAGCCCCUUCAUCGGGCAUGCUGAUGGACAAGCCGCACCCACCUCCCCUGGCUCCAAGUGACUCCACUGGAGGAAGCCGCAGUGUCCGCAAAGGCUACCGGAUCCAGGCCGACAAGGAGCGGGACUCCAUGAAGGUGCUGUACUACGUGGAGAAGGAGCUGGCGCAGUUCGACCCCGCCCGGAGGCUGCGAGGCCGCUACAACAACGCCAUCUCAGAACUCAGCUCCCUGCAUGAGGAGGACGGCAGCUUCCGCCAGUCCUACCACCAGAUGCGGAGCAAGCAGUUUCCGUUGUCGGGGGACCUGGAGAGCAACACAGACUACUGGUCAAGCGUCGUGGGGGGCGGCAGCGGGGCGAGCCGGGGGCCCUCGGCAGUGGAGUACAACAGAGAGGACCGGGACGGCUCCAGGCACAGCCAGCAGCGCUCCAAGUCCGAGAUGCUGUCGCGGAAGAGCUUCGCCACGGGCGUGCCGGCCGUGUCCAUGGAUGAACUGGCCGCCUUCGCCGACUCCUACGGCGCACGGUCCCGCCGAGCGGACGGCAGCCUGGACACCCGACCUGGGAGCCGCUUCGAGCGCGCGGAGACAAGGGCGCGCGGAGGCCUCUUCGGGGACGGCCCGCCCGAGGACUUCUCGCCUGAGCGGUUCUUCGGGGUGCGGAGUCACAGCCGCGAGGCCCCCACCGACGCCGAGCGCGCCUGGACCCCCGAGGACGCCCCGCUGCCGCGGCUGGUGAGCUUGCCGGCCGCCUGCGAGCACCCGAGCCGCGGGGGCAGCCUGGAGACGCCUGCCCGGCGCAGCGCCCCCUACUACGCCUGGUCACCGCCGGCCACCUACCGGGCGCGCGCCCCGCCCAGCGACGACGAGGACGCCCCCGACGACGCGCUGCCGCCCUACAGCGAGCACGAGCUGAGCCGGGCUCCGUCCCACCGCGACCGCGGCCGCGACCUGUCCGGCCACAGCACCUCGGAGAAGAGGCGGAAGAAGGAGCCCGCCAAGAAGCAGAAUGACUUUCCGACCAGGAUGUCGCUGGUGGUCUGACGCUCCUUUAGGAUGUCUCUCUGGACGACUAGGAAUCGGACGUGGGUGACAGGGACAAGACACACAUGCAAGAGCCAGCAGGCCCGGGACCUUCUCCGGCCGCCACCUUGGAAGGUUUGCCGAUCUUUGCCUUGGCCAGGGACGGGGGAACCGCAUGAGGGAGGCUGCCUGCAAACCUCGGUGCCCGGCUGACCCGCUUGAGAAACUCAUCCCGGAAACGAUUGUGCACGAGAACAUUCCCACCUGUGGGGUUUCUCGGCCACGCAGCUCCUCUGGCCCAGCCUGCCGAGCAGGGCCAGGACGCCUCUCCCAGCCGACAGGGCGUGAGCUCUGGGAGACGCCUCUGCCUCCAGGACGCCUUUCCACGCCACCCGUGCAGCUACCCGAGAAACGGGGGGCUUGUCACCAAUAUUGGGAGACCACCUGCAGACGACGGAGAUGGCUUCCGGCUCAGCACGCCCUUCCUUCCCACCGCCUCCUGGUCAUGCAGGAGCCAGUCAGCUGUUGUUUCACGAGGAAGGCCUUUCAUGAGGUCGGUGACCAUGGCCUGCUGGACGGUCACAGAAAUGACUUCGUGUGUUGUUCUGCGAGACGGUUCUCGAGUGGCUGGAACUCCAGGGAGGGGAGCGCACCUUCUGGGGAGGCCGUCUCCGUGGUGUUGCUUUUCAAGUUCAGAAGACGGAGCUGCUUUCUGUCUCUGCUGCACUCGCCUGAAUCUCGGACGCUCAGGGCCCUCCUCUCGCCCCCACCUGGGCUGUCCCACGGGCUAGGGCCACACACGGAGCCUGCCCCCCUCCGCACUCCGAUCAGGCUGUCCUCGGGUGCCUCGUGACAAGCGCUCCGAGCACACACGUGAAGGGGAGAAGGAGAAAAAGAAGAGGAGGCGGUAACCACCUGCAGAGAAAAGAACCCACGCUCCCCGUGUACCUGGAAUGCGGGCCUUCUACCCCACCGACUCCCCGAGAUCUUCCCAGGCAUUUACCACGCGUCGCCCCCCCACCCCCCACCAUCGCAGCUCUGCCAUUUGAGCACAUGGGGGACGUGACCGUGCAUCCUGGCCUCACUGGGCGGCCACUCCAGAGCUUUGGGAGACGGGAGCUUCCCGUGCCCACUCUCACCUACAUGGUAGACUUCGCCUCCCAAAGCUACGUCUCUGGAUUUGGCAUUUUGUAUAAAUGGCGAGAAGUGGCCACUCCUUCCUCUCCAUCUGGAAGUGCAGCCUGUCUCUCCACUCCUCGAAUCUGGGUCUGGCCCCACGAUCUGAUCCGGCCAGCAGCCCAGAAACAAAUGUGACACCACCAGAGACUUGAGAAAUUCUCAUGCGUGGGGCUCUCGUCCCCUCCUGCUGCUCUCGGGAGCCCUGUAGUUAGUUACCCGUCGGUGAACAAGCCAGGCCGUCCUGCUCCGUGAGGACAGAAAGGGGCCCGAUGCCCCCGCCACCCCCUCGGACCACCCCUCCACGCUCGGCUGCUCACCAGCGCACGGGGAAUCAAGACCAACAGAAGAACCGCCCAGCUGAGCUCAGCCCGCACGGCGGACUCCUGCUUGAGGCGUGAGAAGCUGGUGUGCACUUUACACGUUCAUUUGUCUUCAAGGAAAAACCUUCUUCUUGUCUCACCAUUCAGCCCCGACUCCCCGACUCCAGCCGAUGGUCGGCAUCUCCCAGUCUCCACUCCCCUGGUGAGCUUCAUCAAAGCUUCUCCCCCCACACCCUUGUGGUUGGCUCCAGCCGCCGGAGGACACUGGCCCCACUGUCCCCGCCUCCACACCUGUCCGUUCUGUCUUUGGAUCCGUGGGCAACCUCUGACCACAGCAUCUUCCCCCGCAUCUCCCUGGCCACCUCCAGGAACACUGACGGAUGCCACACCCUCUUCUCAGAGGACCACCCGUGCCCUUCACGGCAUUCCCGAAUCAGUCGUCCGUGUGCAGUCAGACCGACAAGGGGCAGGUGGGUCAGCGGCCAUCACAGCUGGGGGGAGAACUGGCCCGGUCACCCUGGAGGAGCCAGUGGGGACCAUCCAGUCCAGGGCCGGUGCUUCCAAGGCCUUAAAUUGGAAGCCAUGUGUGUGGUGCUGAGAAUUGGAAUUGCGGGCAUCCCUGGCUUUGGAGGGCCUGGGUCGAGCCUGUCUGCUUGGGCCCCAGUUCAGACGGAAAAGAUGAUGAAAAAGCAUCACUUCUUCAUCACCAGCCUCGGAGUGCAGCGCACUCAGGUGCCUCGGGAGACACUGGGCAGCAGCAGGAGCCCCCGUGUUGGGCUUCUCCCCACCGAGGAGCCCUGCCCACCAGCCGCAGGGACCACCGGAACUGUGUCCUAGCUGGGGACGUGUGCAGUCAGGUGCAGGAGAGGGGAGCGGGGGAGAGACCGAUCUCCCCUGGGGACCCGUGAUUCCAAAGGCGACAGAACCACAGACAACAGAAAUACAGAGACAGUGACGGGCUCAUGAAGUCACCUGUGGGGAGGGGACCAGGUCGUCUCCUGUAGAGUGACACAGAUCACUCAGACCAACACGCCUUCCACCUACAGAGAAGACGGGCAUUGCAGGGUACGCGCACAGGAGAGAGGCCGAGUGGACCGGGGAGGGCCGAGGUGGCCGCCCGCACCCCAGCCUUUCUGGGCCCGCCCCUGGCUCCUUCUCUCCUGAGUGCUGUGCCCUCGGAGGAAGAACUGGCCACGAGGCUUCCUCCCCAGGUUUCACUGGGGCACAAAACACGUCAGGGUGGGGUGGGGGCUCUGUCCCCUGGGCCCCGCAGUGGGACUGGGGACAGAGAAGAUGCCCAAGAAAGAACAGGGAGGCUUUCUGCACAGGAGACAAAAUAUGGCUGGACAACAAGCCCAGAGAAUUAAAGCUGUUUUUUUUAAAUUUAAA